GGCUGUUAAUCUGAAUUCUACGCCAGCUGAAAACCGUAAGAGAGUCUGCUGACUAAGAGAACUAAACCGUCAGGUAAUCUGCUUUCUGCAGCGGGCAGCUGGAGUUCCAAGAGUCGAACAAAAGCGUUCGAUCUAAUCAGCACAUCCCGAGUGGUUCAUCAAUGUAUUAAUAUACAGAUAGCGCCAUGCGAACUUUCCCAGGCCCCGCCUAAAUCCCACAUCGCACGUUGGCGGUGGGCGGUGGGCCUUAUCAAUCUGAACUUCCGAUCGGGCCAAAGCCUUGGGUCACGGUGAAGAGGCACUUUUCCGUUCCUUCGUCACAGAAUGUGCGCCAACGGAUCUCGAAGAUCCUUAUGCAGAUCACUUAACAUCCUUAAAAAUCCAACUGACAUGGCAGCUGGAGGUAAGGAGAGCCCUCGCUUGACACACCGCCUGGUUUUGACCCCGGUCAUAGUUUUUGGCCUUCGCGUUGGUUUUCGGCUUCAUUCCACUGAUUGUGGACGCCUUAUCGCAAUCCGCGCCGGCUACAAAACAGCCCCGCCGCCGAGGAAAAACAAGCAGUCGAUGGCCAACGGUGCCAGCGUUGAUACAUCCAUCCCAUUAACAACCCAGAAAACCGAAACCCAAAAAACAUGUAUCUAGAGCUCUUUGUGAUUUUCCUAGCGACCGUUUUCGCGUGGGAUUAUAUGCGAAACAGGCGGCACAACAAGAUGUACGUCGCCGCUGGGAUACGAGGACCCAGGAGCUACCCUCUGGUGGGAAACGCUUUCAUGUUGAUUAACGAGUCACCCAAGACUAUCUUUGAUCUGCAGUCCCGUCUGAUUGCUGAGUUUGGUAAAAACAUAAGAAUGCAGAUGUUGGGCGAAAGUGGCUUUAUGACCGCUGAUUCCAAAAUGAUCGAGGCGAUCAUGAGCAGCCAACAGACCAUUCAAAAAAACAAUCUUUAUGGUCUGCUGGUCAAUUGGCUCGGCGAUGGGCUGCUCCUUAGCAAAGGGAAGAAGUGGUUCCGCCGCAGGAAGAUACUCACACCCGCAUUCCACUUUAAGAUCCUGGAGGACUUUGUGGAGGUCUUUGACCAACAGAGCGCAACUAUGGUCCAGCAGCUUUACGAUCGGGCGGACGGCAAGACGGUGAUAAACAUGUUCCCGGUGGCUUGCUUGUGUGCCAUGGAUAUCAUUGCGGAAACGGCCAUGGGUGUGAAAAUUAAUGCUCAGCUCCAGCCGCAAUUUUCCUACGUUCAGUCGGUCACAACUGCCUCUUCAGUGUUAGCUGAACGCUUUAUGAAUCCCUUGCAGCGCAUGGAUUUCUCAAUGAAGCUCUUCUAUCCCAAAUUGCUGGCCAAGCUGAAUGAUUCCGUGAAGAACAUGCACGACUUCACCAACUCGGUAAUCACUGAGCGACGCGAGCUCCUACAAAAAUCCAUUGCCGAUGGAGGAGAUUCCGAUGCUGCCCUCUUGAACGAUGUGGGCCAGAAGCGUCGCAUGGCCCUUCUUGAUGUGCUGCUGAAGUCCACCAUCGAUGGGGCUCCGUUGAGCAACGACGACAUCCGCGAGGAGGUAGACACCUUUAUGUUCGAGGGCCACGACACUACGACUAGUAGCAUUGCUUUUACCUGCUAUUUGCUGGCUCGACAUCCGGAGGUUCAGGCUCGCGUCUUCCAGGAGGUCAGAGAUGUUCUCGGUGAAGACAAGUCGGCUCCAGUUACUAUGCAGCUACUCGGCGAGCUCAAGUACUUAGAGUGCGUGAUAAAGGAGUCUCUGCGCCUGUUUCCCUCGGUGCCGCUCAUUGGACGCUACAUUUCCCAGGACACCGUACUCGACGGCAAGUUGAUACCCGCCGACUCGAAUGUGGUCAUUUUUAUUUACCAUGCUCAGCGCGAUCCAGACUACUUCCCUGAUCCGGAGAAGUUCAUCCCUGAGCGUUUCAGCAUGGAGCGCAAGGGCGAGAUCAAUCCAUUCGCCUAUACUCCCUUCUCAGCGGGUCCGAGGAACUGCAUCGGCCAAAAGUUCGCAAUGCUCGAGAUGAAGAGCACGAUCAGCAAAAUGGUGAGACACUUUGAGUUGCUGCCUCUGGGCGAGGAAGUCCAGCCCGUGCUGAACCUUAUCCUGCGCUCGUCCACGGGAAUCAAUUGUGGCCUCAAGCCUCGCGUCUAUUAGGUGUUCCUGGAUUGUUUUUUUUUUUAACUAGUUGU